AUGGAUAAAGAAAAAAGCCCGCCAGAUACGAAAUCUGAACGCGCUAAACCUGUUGAAACGCUUGUUUUGGCAAAUUAUGCCGCAAAAGCUGAACAAAAACGCGCAAACGGCGAAAUAGGCAGCGGCCGUAAAGAGGAUGAGCGCAUAACCAGUGCGGUUAUGAAAGUGUUGGAAGGAUACGAUUGGAAUUUGGUACAAGCAUCCGCUAAAGUUCCUUCAGAUCGUAAAAAGGAUCAUAUAAAAAGGCCAAUGAAUGCUUUUAUGGUUUGGGCACAAGCAGCACGACGUGUUAUGUCAAAACAAUAUCCUCACCUACAAAACUCGGAACUUAGUAAAUCAUUAGGAAAGUUGUGGAAAAACUUAAAGGAUUCGGAUAAAAAACCUUUUAUGGAAUUUGCUGAAAAAUUGCGCAUGACACAUAAGCAAGAGCAUCCAGACUAUAAGUACCAGCCGCGUAGGAAAAAAGCGCGUACCCUGUCAGCAAAUGCUGUGCAAUGUGGGGAAGUAAUGCUACAAGGACAAACACUCGCAAAAACUGCACCAGCAAUGCCAAUUACGAACAACAAUAACCGAAUUACGGAUAAUAAGAAUUGCAGUGCCAUUAGUCGUAAAGCGUCAAAUACAAACACAGCAAUGAAUCGUCUAAAUGGCAAACUUUUAAGGCAACAGCAACCGCAGCAACAGCAGGACCCAGGAAAACUAAGUGGCAAAGCAGCAACACUGAAUAUGUACAAUAAUAGUAGCAACAACAGCAAUAGCAAUGGCAACAAUAUUGGUAUUGGCAGUGAUAGUCUGCACAAUAUAACCAGCGCGAGUGACAUACUCAAUAAUGAAACUUUCAUGAAAACACUCAACAGUGCCUGUGCAGCAAGUUUACUAACCCAUAAUUUGCAUACAACGGGCAGUUUAGAUGUUGAUCAGGCAGACUAUGGACAGCGCCGCUAUGAAUAUGCGCGACAAAUGGAUUCACCUUGCUCCACUACAAGUUCACUGCAGUCUACAGGUGCAAGCGGCGCAGACGGACAACCACUAACGCCACCCGCUACACCCUACACACAGGGCAGUUCAACAAGCAGCCUGCUAAGUGCCAGUUUGACAGGGAAGCGCACACCUACACAAUUGAUGACAAGUCAACAAAACUUACUGCUGCGUCAAUUAAGUGAGGCUAAUACUGAAUACGGAGUUGUACUCGAGUCGGGACGCGAUUUUACAACAUUGGAUGAAAACCAUUCCUACAACAAUCCAACUACAUCUAACAUUGAACUAAAUGAGUUUCAGCGCACAUCAACGGAUUUAUUAGUUUCUUCCGAAAUGUUAUAUCCAACACAAACUUAUCAAAUAGGUCCAAUGAGUAGUCGUGCAUAUGCCGACCAACACUCACCUACGUCUGUGUACCAACAGUAUGGGAACUAUCAGUCAACUAUUACCACGUAUCAAAAUUAUAAUGGCAACGAAACGCCACACUCCACUGGAGCAUUAAAUUAUUUACAAUCUUCUAUUGACAGGUCACCGAUACACAAUUAUAUGGCGCCCAUUUCAGCGAAUAACAAUGCGGCAGUUUUAAAUGGAGUUAACGCUGGCGACAUUGAUCCCAAGGAAAUCGACCAAUACCUAAUGGAUCAAAUGCUGCCAAUGGCGCAUAACAAUCAACUAUCAGCACAACAGCAGCAACCACACUCUCCGACUCUGACAACAAAAAUACAACACUUAACAGCAACAACAACAGCAUUAGCAGCAACAGCCUCAGUUGCAGCAACACGAAAUGCUACCACAUGUGGCACAACAACAAGUUCAAUUUUGCAUAGCAAUUCCGUGAAAUCCCCAAAUCAAAUGAUAUAUAAAUCGCAACAGCAUAUGUUAGAGUUGCAACCUGUUGCCAAUUUAAUACCACUAGAAGCAGCAACAGCCUCCACUACUAACAGUAUGACUGCUGCGACCUCAGCAAAUACAUUUAAUGUCAGCGAGAAUGGCAGAGGCACACAAAUCCCACCAUCAACGACAGCACCAACAACAGCAACAACGUGCAAUAGCAGCAAUUGCUUUUACGAUGCCCAUUCAACGAAUGUGCUGCCAUCCUAUCAGCAUUAUACGCAACAUCAGCAACAACAACAUGUGGAUCAGCAGCAACAGCAGCAACAGGCGCAGCAGCAGCAGCAGCAGCAUCAACAUAGCCACCAUCCACAUCAACUCUGGGGCAGUUACGCCAAUCCCUAAGCUCCUUAAUUUUCCUGUUAUUCUUUAUGAUUGGAUUCUAAUUUUUAUUGCAGAAUUUGUUUGCGCAAUCUUGACAAAAUCUAUGCCGCUUUCGAGGAUUAAAGAUAUUACGUACAUUUCUUCAAUUUUAUUUCGAUUCCUAGUUUUCCGUACAUUGUCAAGUUACGCCUUGGCAUUGCGGAAAGAUUUUGUACAACAUUUGGUGAAAAUACAAUUUGUAAGCGCCUUGAUUAAAUGGGCUUUAAUGGUAAUUUACAAGUCUAAAAGAGGAAGAAAAAAAUUUA